CCAAGGGACAUUUCCAUAGCGACGAAUGUUCCGCUGUAAAGUAAGGAACGACUGCGUUCCGAAAAGGCAGAAAUAUCAGAGUGGUCGAUUUUCUUACUGAUAUUUGUGAUUUAAGAGCAAUUAUUUAACUUUGGAGAAACUCGAGGUAAGCAAGGCUUGCUUUAAUGCUACAGACAGUGAACAAGGUAACCAAGACCUAGUUCAUUGUUCAUUUCUUUAUUACCCUUUCAAUCAAUUAAUCAUGGCAGGAACACACAACAAAUAGUUUAGAUGUUUAGUGUACAUGAGCAUCCUUUUUUCAAACCAUGGAUUAAUUUUUAAGACCAGUACAUGAUGUAUUCAGCUUUUGAUCGUUAACGCUAAGGUAGUUAAAUCCUUGCCUUUCAAUUUAUGGGAUCAAUUCUAUCCUCCCGCGACACUGAGGGAUUAAUACAUUUUUGUGUUUGACACAAAGGCCUUCGAUCGCGAGCAAAAAGCGUUGCACAAAGAAAACGCCUCUCGUUGAGUUAAACAUUCUCAGCAGUCACGCAGAAGUGGAAAGAGAAAAUACUGAAAUUAUCUAAGUUAUUUCGUGUAUGUGUAGGAAUCGAUCGGAUGUUAUAAAUGCGAAGUAGUCUAGCUAGUGAAUUGGUUACUAAGGAACAUCGAAAUGCAUUUUUAAUAUGAGCUUGAAUACUUUUGUUAAAUAAGAAUUUUAGUGCAUCUCUAUAAAUUUAGCCCUAGUCUAGUUAGCCGAGUGGAUAAUCUUUAAAAAGCCAGGAUUAUCGACGGAAGGCAUAACACCUGGCACGCAGAAUGAUCUUGUCGCCCUCAAAUUUGCAGCACGUGCCUGGAAGUACUGGAAAGAAUUUAAUAAUUAACUCUUUUCAAAUUUGGGUAAGAAAUAUAAAAUAAUAAUUAAUGUUUUUUAAUUAUAGGCCAGUUUUUUCGAUACUAUUAAGAUAUAUUAUUUUUUGUAAAUUAUCAUUUGCUUGCUGCUUGCUUGCUUGCUUAUUUCGAGCGAACUCGAACUCCAUUAACUAGCUUCAUCCAUUCCUUCCGGUUUUCCAUGAUGUUCUUCAGUUCAGCUAUGCUCAAACCAGUAUCAUUUUGCAGCUGGUCUACGUAUGUUAAUGCUGGUCUUCCUCUCUUUCUUGCGCCGUGCUUUGGUUCCCAGAGUAGUAAAUCACUUAUCACCUCAUCCUUUUUUCUCCAACAGUGUCCUAUAAACCGCAGCCUCCUGAUCAUCAGUGUAUCUGUAAUCUUAGGAAGAUUGCCGUACAGUUCUUUGUUGGUUUUAUUAUCAUUUGGAUAAAAUUUAUUGCAUGGUUUGAUGGACAUUUUUUUGCAGAGAACAAAUAUGUCAGCCAAGCUUUGGCAGAUGUCAUAGCCUUUAUUUCACUAAGCCAACAAAUCUUGCUAGAAGAUAAACAUGGAUCCCAUAAAUAAAUUUGUCCAAGCUCCAAUUGCACUCCCAUCACAUCAAAGCAAUAUAUAUAUAUAUUUUAUUACAAUAUUACAUGAAUGUUAACAUCUGUUACAUAUGUUAACAUUAGAUCACCUUUUUUCAGGACAGGGCUUUAUAACAGUGUAUAAUGCAUGCAAGAGCUACAGUGAAGAAAGUUGACAAGACUUUAAAGACCUUAAGUUCUGCAACACUCUCAGUCAAUUCUCUGUCGGCCACUGAAAUUAAAUGUGAAGACAGUGACGAUGAAUCUGAUGGAUGGGAAACUGACUUGGAAUGUGAUGAUCAGGUAGUAUCGCCAUUCUCAAGGCUUAAGAUUUUAAAAUUUCUAAGAUAGUGUAAAAGAAAAGAAGCAUUAAUUUGGCAUUAUGUAACAUCUUCUAAGAUACGGUAGUACCCUUGGUUUUUUGAAAUUCCAGAUACUAUGAGCCAAACUACCUUCCCUUCAUCAGUCAAACACUGUAAUUUUACCCUGAUUUUUCAAACCUCCCUAUAAUUUGAACCAAUUUGCUUUUUCCACUUUGUUUUUAAAAAUUGGGAUUUCACUGUAAUGAAAUACACUAGUGUAUCAAAAGUACAUGCAGGGGUAUAGCCAGCAUAUAAACCUGUAGGCCUGGGCCUACAAAUUUUUGGUUUGAUCACUCUACCACUUGUAAUAAAUUAUGCGUUGUUGUGGUGUGCUAAAAAGCCUAAGAGGUCAAAGUGUUGGUGUGGUCAGUGCAGGCCUACAACUAGUUGAAAAGCUGGCUACGCCCCCGAGUACAUGUAUCUUGGGGCCUUAUUCCAUGCACCACUACAGGGGCGGAUCUAGGGGGAGGGUGCAAGGGGUGCACACCCCCCCCCCCUAAAUGUUCACAUUUAGUUUAUGUCUACUCCACCCUGGGGGUGUACUCCCCUACAUGGCAUUUAUGGGGAAUGCAAUGUGCCACUGGACAAUAAUAUGGUUUUUACCCUCUGUCCUAAACAGGGUACAUUUAUAUCAUUUGGCACAAGUCUGUCCUAAACAGGGUAUAUAAUGCUAGUAUGUCUCAAUGUAAACAGGAUAUUGCCUGCAUGAUUGAUUUGACUUGCUUGAUGAAAUAUGUGUAUACUAUAAGUACAAAAGCUAUGACUACGUGUAAAAUGUCAAUUACUUUGCCCUAUAGCAAUUGCCAAGAAAUCAUGCAUUUUGUCCUUUGUACUAAACAGCGGUAAGAAAAGUGAGGUUGUUCACCUUAACACGGUCGGGGUUCAAACCCUCAGCAGCCCACCUAUACCCAAAAUAUCGGUCAAGUACCCUCAUGGAGACUGCACCUAUCAUGGAAGUGGGUCAUCUCAUCACAUAGGUUUCUGUCACACUUUUUGCGGCAGUUUGAACAGAUUUUCAUAUCAGGGUGGAGUGUUAUUCAUGUAGACAUGAUAAGCCAUCCAGUGUAGUGUGGAGCCUAAAUCUCCAAUUUUUUGCAGGACUUUUUACAGUUGAAGCCUCAGUAUGACCCCACUGGUCGAGCUCUUUACAGACGAGCAUGCCAGAAACUUGGAAUUGUUCCUGCAUCUUACUUUGUGCGUCACAUGACUGAGCCUACUGUUGCUAUGUCUCAUCAUGGGCUUGGCCCACUUGGAAUCAGGGCUAUGGCGUUAGCUCUUUUAUACAACACUAAAGUGACAAGCCUUGAUGUAAGGGACAAUGGUAUUGGAGAUGAGGGAGGAGAAAUCAUAGCGAAGCUCUUGAGAGAAAACUACUUCAUUGUGGAAUUAGACAUAUCUGAAAACCAGCUUGGAAGAAGUUCUAUUGUAGAGAUCGCAGAAACACUCAAGGAAAACAACACGCUGAUAAAGCUUGGACUUGCUGGGAAUUCUCUGGAUGACAAAGAUGCUGAUAUACUUUGUGGAUCUCUGCUUGUAAAUAAUACUCUGACUCAGUUAGAUUUGAGCUGCAACAAAUUCUCAAACAAAGGUUGCGAGUACUUUGCAAAAUUACUUGACGAGAACAUCAGUCUAUCAGAGCUUGAUUUAAGCUGGAAUCACAUUCAAGCUCAAGGAGGNGAUCUCUGCUUGUAAAUAAUACUCUGACUCAGUUAGAUUUGAGCUGCAACAAAUUCUCAAACAAAGGUUGCGAGUACUUUGCAAAAUUACUUGACGAGAACAUCAGUCUAUCAGAGCUUGAUUUAAGCUGGAAUCACAUUCAAGCUCAAGGAGGAAAAAUGCUAGCUAAAGGACUUAGAGGAAAUGUAAAGCUCAAAUCUUUAAAUUUGGCAUGGAAUGGUUUAGCAACAGAUGGAGCCAAAGCACUUGCCGGAGCCCUGGUAGAGAAUGGAACCCUACAAGAGUUGGAUUUAAGUAGCAAUAGAAUUUCAGAUGCAGGUGCAUUUAGUAUUGCAAGAGGUCUGGAAAACAAUUCUUCUCUUGAAGUUCUAAAGCUAGCAAAGAACCACCUUCAAAAUAAUGGUGCUUGUGCUAUUUUAAACUCAAUCACCAAAAAUGGAGAUAGUAGACUAAACAAAAUCAACCUCUCGGGUGUCAUUGUUAAAGACCAAUUUCACUUAAUCGCAGAAGAACUGCAAAAUCUGAGGCAGAUUAGAAUAAUAACAGAGGAGACAACUGAAACAAAAGCUAAGAAGGAGGAACCUGAUCCUGGUACUCUUCUGCGUAACUACAUAGCAAAAGAGCAUGUUCUUGUCGUUGAUUUGUUCCGCAAGUUAGAUCGUGAUGGAAGCAUGCAAGUGAGUGUGAAAGAAUUUGCAGAAGGAUUACGCAAAUCAGAUGUUGGGCUGACUCAGUACGAGGUAGACAGAAUGAUUGACGUGUUGGACGUUGAUAAAGAUGGUGAAAUAGAUUACAGUGAGUUUGUGUACAUUCAGUCUGAGUGGAAAAGUGAAGACAAAGGAAAGAGAAAAUUAUCCUCAAUGUAG